UUCAUCCAUUGCGUUGUUUAGUUUAAACACUAGUUUAUGGUUUCGGGUGGAGCUAUUUUUGGAUUUGGUUCGGAAUCUGGAUGAAGUGGAAGGAGCUUUGCCUCCGGACCGCUGUUUUUUUUAGCCUGAUGAUUGAAAGUUGGAUUAGUGAACGAGACGUGUAAUCAUUGCAAAAAUGAAUAGUGGUUUCGGCAAGGAAUGUGAAUUUCGGGAAUGGGGUGUGCGGACUUAGGUUUUGGUUCAGCUUGGAAUUGGGCAGUGAGGCCCUUAACUUGGGUCAUGGAUCGAUUUGAAGAGUUGGGGUUGUGAGCUUCACAUUACCAGGAGGUCGGAAAUUGGGAUUCGUCAUUCGAUAAAUCGGGAGUGCAGUUUGUUUUGAUUGUUUCGUGGGUCCUCAAGUUGUCACUGUCUAAUUGCGCGGAUUUUUCGUUAAUGCAGGUAUGGAUUGCGUCAUUAAUCAACCUAUACCUGUGAGGCUCAUUUCUUUGCAUGGAGGUUUGACGCAUUCUGUCUGAAGAUUUCUUCAAGGAGGAUUUGACGCAUUCUUUUCGUGGGUCCCCCUCGUAUCAAGCUUUCGGAACCAUUUUAAGAUUGAUUGCAAAAACUGGACAAGCAGAGGUACGAGAUUAUUCGCAGCUGAGCAUGUUUCUUAGUAUCGGUAACGUGUGAGCUGGGGCAAUCAUGGAGAACGCAAGCGGCAAUGCGGCGCUAAUGCGCCGAAUCGUGCAGCUGGAGAAAGAGAGGGAUGAAUUGCAGAAGGACAUAGAGACUAUAUGCUUGCAGCAGUCGGGAGUGGCUGGCAGCAUAGAUGUUAACACCCGCAUGCAGGCUCGCAGGGCUGCUAAUUUAGAGCAGGAAUUGGAAACAUAUAAAGAGAAGACAUCUCUUCUUACGCGUGAAAACCAUGGCCUGCAACAAGAGCUAUCAGAAGCCUACCGCUUAAAGACUCAGAUUACCGAAGCCUUCAAGAGAGCUGUUGAGAAGAAUAAUCAAGUUGAGAAAGACGUGAAAUUUUACCAAAGCAAGGUAGCCACUGCUUUUGCUGAAAGGGAUAAAGCACUUGUCGAGGUCGAAAGAGUUAAGGAGGUUGAGAAGGAAAUGAUUGCAGAAGUCCAACAACUCAACAGUCGAGCAGAGGAAGCAGAGAAACAAUUGAAGGAAGAAGAGGAGCAGAAACUGAAGCUGCAACAUGACUAUGAAGUCAGAACAGAACAGCUUGACAUAUUACACAAGGUUGUAGACAAAUUUUGGGAAUUGCGAGGGAAUGUGCCCGUGGCUCUAGAUGACGGCCAACCUCAAGAUCUGCAACCUUUGGAUAAAGCCCAAGCCUUAAUCUUGGAAUCAGAUGUACAAUGGACUUAUGGGGGAUCCAUUCAGGCAGCUGUCGAGGCACUUCAACAAGAAUUGAAAGUUGCUCGAACCCUUGCAGAGGAAAAUGACAUUCUUGCCAAGAAAGAGCAAGCACGAACUAACGAGCUGGAUGCUCAAUUGGCACUACUUCAACAGGAAGUGAAAGCUGCUCAAGCUUUUGCAGAGGAAAGAGGCCUACUAGCAAAGGAAGAACAAUCACGAGCCAACGACCUGGAUGAGCAGCUGAAAAAACUUAAGGAAGAGGUCGAGGCUACCGCACAUUCUCUGUCUGAGCAAGCUGCAGGGGAAGCUUCAACCUAUAAAGUGCAUAUGGAAAAGUUGCAGAAGUUCAUUGUCUCAAAGCUGUUUGAAAUACAAAAUGAUCACGGAGACGUCCGGACUAGAGUGGACAGUCUACUCAAAGAUGAGAAGCAAUGGAUAGACUCAAUGGUUGACAAAUUUGAAGCGUUGUUAUUAGAGUUGAAAGCCAGGGACGUUCAUCCCGAGAUAGUGGAUAAAUAUGAAGAACGUAGCCCUCCUCAGGAGGAAGCUCCUUUGCCAGCAGCUGAAUCCGCGAAACCAUAUGUGUUUAAAGAAGCUCAGACUAGUAAUGGUCUUGACGAGCUUGAAAGGACAACAGUAUCCUUGCUAAACGAACAUACACCGGAGUCAGUUGAUAAUGAAAAUUUACCGAGUUUAGAUGUUUCCUCAGUGGUUGCAUCAUCAUUACAAGCUGAAUCUGAAAUAAUAGCUGGAACUCAUCCAGUUGUUGAAAAUAAUAAUAGAAUUCGUGAGGAGGAACCUUGCUCUGCGGUGGUGUCGCUGAGCAGGAGUGUUACAGAUAUGAUCCAGGAGGAUCGGAAAGCGUUGGCCCAAGCAUUGCAUGAAAAGGUAGAAGCACUCUUACUCCUCUCGCAACAAGAGGAAAGAUACUACAUGGAAUCUAAAACUAUACAGGGUCUUGAGUUUCAGAUCAAAGAUUUAAAUGAGAAAAUUUCUCAGGUGACGAGUGAAAAAGUUUCAGCUUUGAUGGAAGUCGCACAGCUUCGACAAGAUUGUCAUCGUUUAGAAGAGCGUGAGAAAGAGCUCAUACGUAGGCUGCAACAGCACCGCAGCACCAGCGCGGGUGGGCGGUUGCUGCCAGCCAGUUGGUCGGAACCUAACGCCUCACAGACGAGACAAGAAAAGCCACAUGCAGUGACUGAGAAUCAACUCCAAUCUUACAAUAUUGUACCAAAACCAUCUCUCUCAACUAGUGGCUAUUUAAAGAGUUGGUUACGAGGAAUUGACAUGUCUGGCCCGGGAGGUUUGAGAGCUCUAUCCGAACCAUCAAAACAAAGCAAAAGUCCAGCUACAGAUGAACCUGCUGAUUUAGCAAAGCUGAGAGUGGAGAAUGCUGCACUUCAGGAACGCGUUGCUGGUGUGCAACGUCUCACUGCAUCUGCUCACCGACUUCGGAUGACACUGGUCAAAGUUUCAGCUGAUUCGGAGACUGAGCCAUCAGUAGCAUCCUUAAACUCAUUCCUGAAGGUUGUUGACGGGGUGAAAAGUGAGGCAAGCCAUCUGCGUGUAGCUCUUGGCUGCUCACUGCCAGUGAGUGUAACCCCAGAGUCACCUCCUCAGCAAUCUGACGCGGAUGAGGGCAUGUCCAAAACUAGCGUGGGAGAGGUGCAUGCAGCAGUGGAUGUUGCAACAGGUGCAGGAAUCGAAAUGGUGGAGCUUCUGCUUGUAGCUUGUGAGCUGCAGAAAGGGGCCAUCCAAGGCCAGAUUAACAUUGUUGCAUCGCAAUGUGAAGUCCCUGAUGGUGAAUGAGAAAAGAUUAGGAGCAUUGCAGAGUAAAGCUUGAAGGUGUAUGUACUGUACAGCUGUUGAAGGAUCAAGGAGGUGAAAAAAAUUAACUCAAAAAACACAAAAAGAGAAAAGAAAAGAGGAAAGAAGCACACAUCAUAUUACAUGGUGCUGUUAAAGCAUGCAUGUUGUUGCAAAGAAGAGAUGAAGUGGUAGUUUCAACAUUUCUCCAAGAGAUGGGACUAGGCCAUUCAUGAGCUGGUGUAUUUCAAUCAGAGCAUGAAUUGUCCAGGAGUAUUGGUUUGUUAAAGUUUUCGUGUGUUACAGACAGGCUUUUUUCAUCUCGCAAUUCGUAUUGAUUCAAGUUUUGUAAUUUGUGUAAAGGGAAGGGCUUCUUUUGUGCAAAAGGGUUAUUAAUUCUACAUAAUUAAAGCCGCUCUGAUGGCCCUUGUGUUCGUUAUAACACCUUUUAUUUUCUGAGAGGUUCUAAUUAUUCAUUACCAUUCUGUGUGGUGAUGGGGUGAUCUCAGAAUUGGAUGUAAUAUGCCAACCUUGGAAUAUAAUCUCAACCAUG